AUGGGCCUGGUCGAUUACUCUUCAGGCUCAGACUCAGACUCGGCCUCGUCCACACCCGCAAAGAGGCGCAGGACAAGUGCCUCUUCCUCCUCGGCAGUCACCGCCAGAACCAAGCCUCCCCCACCACCACCACCACUGCCGGCCGCCUUCCACGACCUCUACGCCUCGACUGUGCGCGUCAGCACCGUCGACGACCCCUCCUUGCACCAGGGCCGCAAGCGUGUAAACCCCCACAAGGUCGGCAACUGGCCAUCCCAUCUCUACAUCGACGUCCGGCCCACAGACUCGGACCGUGCCCUGCUCGAUGGCCUCGUAGCCCGCAUCACCAGGCGGCUUGCCACAGCCGCCGCCGCCUCCGACAGCAACACCGCCAGCACGGGCGCAGUACCCGUCUACUCCUUUCUCAGCUCAGACCUGGGCGCCCCCCAGCCACUCCACAUCAGCCUCUCCCGCCCCCUCGCGCUGCAGACCGCGCAGAAGGACGCCUUCCUCGACGGCGCCCGCGAAGCCGUCGCCCGCAGCGGCAUAGCCGGGCCCUUCCGGCUUCACGUGCUCGGCGUGUACUGGCACCGCACGCGCGAGAGCGAGCGGUCGUUUCUCGUCCUCAAGGUCGCCAGCGCCACCACGCGCCCGCGCCCGGCACAGUCCCCGGAGGACAAAGUACUACCCAAGGGGGACGACGACGACGACGACGCAGCAGGGCAAGAUCAGACACCAGCUGCUUGGGGGCCAACGACUACAAACCCAGAGCUCCAAGCCCUCCUGGGCCAAUUCAACGCCCUGGCUGCGGAGUUUGGCCAGCCGGCUCUCUACGCAACGAACCCCGCAGGUAGAGGAGGAGGAGGAGAAGGAAGGGGAGGGCCACCAUCAACAACGCCAGCCAGCAAGGCGGCAGUUCGUGACGCCUUCCACGUCUCCAUAGCAUGGUCGCCCGCCAUCCCGACGCCUCGGAUCAGAGCUGUCACCGCGGAGGAGGCCGCAGCUGGUCUACUGCCUCCGCUCGACGACAGCAACAAGGCAGCAACAGCAGCAGCAGCAGCCGAGGGUGAUCCCCAAAACAACCACCACCACCACACGUCCUCUCUCCCACCACCUUUGAGUUCAGCCGCAGGAUCUCAGGGCAGUCACGCAGCGAGGCUCAGGCGAAUGACCUUUGACAUUGACGCCAUCAAGCUCAAGGUUGGAAAUGUCAUUACCAGCAUACCGCUGUAA